GAAUGGCCACAGGUUCUCUCUCUCUCUCUCUCUCUCUCAAUAAUUAGACAUUACACGACCACUCCGAUUUUGUUGCCUUGCUUUUGGAAGAGAAUAUCUACGCUGUCUAGUUAUUUUACCCUAGAGAACGCCUCCUUCUUAUAGUGGAGCUUGCUCUUUGAUUUUCCUUCUUUUCAUCUCAUUUUUCCCUUAUCUUGAUUUUGAUCUCUUGGUGAAGAGGCAGGAGAUAGAUGAUCAAAAGGUGUCGAUGGCUUCCUCUUCUUCUUCCUCAGCUGCUAAUUCUCAUCAUCAAAGGGUUAUGGAAAAGCCAAACCAAGAACUUCUUCAACAGCAACAAGAAGCUCUCAAGUGUCCUCGAUGUGACUCAUCAAACACCAAGUUCUGUUACUAUAACAAUUACAGCUUGUCUCAGCCUAGACAUUUCUGUAAAGCCUGCAAGCGAUACUGGACUCGAGGAGGUACCUUAAGGAAUGUUCCUGUUGGUGGAGGUUGCAGAAAAAACAAGCGUGUGAAGCGUCCUUCUUGUUCUUCUUCAGCUUCAGAAACUCAUCAUAAUAUUAAUAUUACUACACCUUCUUCUAAUUCUUCUUCUUCUUCUUCUUCUACUGUUGCUGGUGUCUCAGCUGUUUCAAACCCUCCUUCACAGUCUCGUCAGAUCGAUGUGGGUGCUUCCACCUCCAAUCACAUCAGUCCUUUAUUUUAUGGCAUGAAUCUUCCGUUUCCAAGGUUCAAUUCCAGUUCUGGGUUUGAUCAUCUUCAUCUUCAUCAACCUCAGAUUAAUCACCAUUCUCUUGGAUUAGAUUUCUCAGAUAAUGGUUACCGAAAUGGGUUUUCUUCAAAUCAUACACUUCUUUCAAGUUAUACCUCUUCCAUCUUUGCUAAUUCUUCUUCAACAUCCAUAACCACAUCCAGUACUGCUCCCCCUCCUUCUAUUAUGGCUUCACUGUUAAGCUCCUCGAAUCUGCAGCAACAAAAGUUCAUCAAUAGUGGGGCUGAUAACAGUACUUUUCAGGGGUUCGGACGAUUAGAAGAACUGGCAAUAGCAGGCAAUAAUGAUAAUAAUAGCACAAAUACAGCUUUAAAAGAAGUGAAAUCUGUGGUGGAAGAUGAAAACAGGUUUCUGGGGUGGCAAAAUAACCAGAUCGAUCAUCAAGCAGGCUUGUCUGAUCCUUCAUCACUUUACUGGAACGCUGCAACAGCUUUGGGUUCUACUUGGAAUGAUCAAACCAAUAUUGGUCCUCAGUCACUUCUCUCAUCUGAUCUACAAUAAUAUAACCACAGGAUCAGAUCCAUCAUUUUCAUCUUUGUCCUCUCUCUCUCUCUCUCUCUCUAGCUCUGCCUCGUUUGAAGUCAUCUUUUGGUCCUUUUCUUCAGCUUUAGCCUCUUAGAAUUUCGGUUAUUGAUUACUUUGGGAAAACUACUACUACUUCUUUUUCUUAAUCUGGGUCGUCAAAAUGUGGGUGUGGGUUUACUUAUUACACAAAAGAGAUCAAAAAAAAUGUUAGGGUGAAAGAUGAGAGAAGCAUGGAUCGGAGCGAUCAUGUCAGCUGCAAGUAUUAGUCUUCGGCCUGUAAGUUUUAUGAGUCAAGGUUGAGGAAUAUAUAUUGCUUAUUACAAUUGCGCUGAGAGGAACCUCGGAUCCUCUUCUCUCAUACCAGUGAUGUAUCUAUGGAGAUCAAAAGGAGAAGAUUCUAAUCAUUUUGCUGCAAUUUCUCCAUAUGAUCCAAUAAGUUAAUUAUAUUGGUCUUUGUCAUGUGUACAUAUGCAAUCACAUGUCCUUUAAUUCUUAUGAUCUUUUUCUUGAUUUCUAAUGUAGUUUGAUUGCUUAUUGGGUGGAAAUUAGUUUGCUGGGCUUUAUGUCUAAUCUAGCUAGGUAUAUGCAAUAUGGCAUGUUCUGAAUUUUGGUUUUAUUUUGUUUGUUUUGAAUGGUCAGGGGAAAUGGGGAUAUAGGGUAAAAUGGGGUAUAGGAGAGGGAGAUUAUUAUUUACUUGGAUUUGGGUGAUUCAUUUGUAUGUGGGGGUGAUGGUUUGGCUCAUAUUGUUCAACUUUAAUGUACUUCUUUUGCUCUUUUGGUAUUUCCAAGGAACAAUGACACUUCUGAGGAAAAUUGCUGUUUUGAAAUACAGAUAAUUCAUCUGCUUUUGGACCAUUAUUAAUGCUCACAUUUAAACCUACUGAUCCGAGAAUGCUGAUAUGGUGUGUAUUCUUGUAAGUCGGGACUGGAGAAUCCGGCCAAAAAUUGUACUGAACAGUAGAAAUUGAACGAAGGACUUGGACUCUUGUGUUGUGUCCGGAAGUGAGAAGGAACUUUGUAUUGGAAUGUAUGGCCUUUAUCACGUUUCAAGUUAUUUAGAAUCAAGUACUAUAUACAUGGCUUU